UUAGGAAUAUAGGAAGGGGAAGGAAGGAGGCCAGCCUGGGCUUGCCUUUUACCUCCAUCGCUUCCUAGCUGGUGACCUUAGGUAAUUCCCUCUCUCUCUGAGCCUCACAUUGGUGGGGGGAACAUAAACUGGGCCAGACCUUGGAGAAGACAAUUUGGCAGCAUCUCCUCAAAUUUAAAAUGAGCAGACCCUCUGCCCCAGAUAUUCCCACCUUCCAAAGUGCCCAAAGAUACUGUGACAAGGAUGUUCAUGGCAGCAUUCAUUCAUGAACAAAUACUUCUUGAGCUCUGUGCUAGGUCCUGGUGGCCCAGCUGCGAAUGAACCAAGUGAGGUUUCCUCGUUCCUGGAGAUGACAUUCUAGUGGGAGAGACAGCAACAAACAAGUAAACAAACAAAUAAAUAAGGGAACUUCAGAUAAAGUCUCUCAAACAGGGAAAGGGAGGGACUUUUGAUCUGGUGGUCAGAAGCUGAGGCCUGAAGGACAAGAAGGAGGUAGCCUUGGGAAGAUUGAGGGGGAGACCUGGUGGCACAGUGGUUAAGAGCUCAGCUGUUAACCAAAAAGUUGGCCGUUUGAAUCCACCAGCUGCUCCUUGGAAACCCUAUGGGGCACUUUCUACUCCAUCUUACAGGGUCGCUAUGAGUUGGAAUCAACUUGAUAGCAAAAGGUUUGGUUUGGUUUUUGGUUCUGGCAGCCAUAGCAAGGAUAAAGGCCUGAGGGAAGAAUGAGCUUGGAGUGUUAGUGGGACAGAAAGAAAGUCAGUGUGGCCUCGAGUGUGCAGUGGUACAGGGUCCAGUGGAGAAGCUCAGGGCCCAGAGUGCACGGGCCUGGUGGACCACUCCAAGGAGUUUGGAUUUUGUUUAGGGAGCUAAUGGAGGGCUUGGGACAGGGGAAUUAACAAUGUUAGCUUUCCAUUUCAAAAGGCUCCUUCUGGCUGCUGGGAAGAAUAGACAGUGUGUAUGUGGCGGGGCUGGGAGGGGGUGGGUUGGGAAGCAGGGAGGGGCUGCCAUAUCAACUUGCAUUGUUGGCAAAAGCAAAAAAAUUGGAAUUGACAUAAAUAUUUGUCAGUAGGGAGUUUGGUGCAUCCAUACUAUGAAAUAUGAGAGAGAGAGAGAGAAGACCAAGAUGAGCCCUGUGGCUGAGGCGGAGAAGGAGAGGAAGUCAGAGAGGGAACAGGCCUACAUAGCUUUUACUGAGUGAAGGGGGGAGCCAUGAGAGGGUUUGAACAGAGGAAGGAUAUGAAUAGAUUCAGGUGUGUGGGGAGGUGGGGGCAGAGGCAAGUAUGGAAGUGGAGAGACCAGGGAGGAGGCUACUGCCAUGUCCAGGCUAGAGAUGAUGGUGGCUCAGACCGAGGUAGCAGCAGUGUAAAGACGGGAAGAAGUGGUUAGAUUCUAGAUGUGUCUUUUAAAACUUUUUGGUUUUGGAAGUAACAAAUUUACAGAAAAGUGCACAAAUCAUAAGUAUACAGCUCAAUGAAUUUUCAAAGUGAACAGACCCUUGUAAUGAGCACUCUGAUCAAGAAACAAAGGUCUGGACUGGCUGCCUGUUGAGGGUAGAGCCACCAAGAUUCAUUGUGAGGUUGGAUGUGAAGACUAAGACAAAAUGAGGAGCCAAAGAAGACGGUGGUUUUGGCCUGAGCAGCCGAAAGAAUGCUACUGCCCUUAUCUGAGACGGGGAAGAUUGGGGGAGGAGUGGGCUGGUGGCGGGGAAAUUCAGAGCUGAGUAUUGGGUAUGUGGAGUUGGAGAUACUUGUUCAUAUCCAUCUGAAAGUGUCAAGUAGGAAGCUGAAUACAUCAAUCUGGAGUUCAGGGGAACAUUCUGGUCUAGAAAUAUUCCACCUACAGGGUGAUUCUACCCUGACUUAGGCCUACAAAUUCAUUGUAGGCAACAAGGGCUAUACUUAUUUGAGUUGUGAAUGAAUUGAAUGUGAAUGAAUGAACUGAUCCACAGGCAGGAUCAGGAAUUUGGUGCUGACCUCUGGUUUCCUCUGCCAGCUCCCCUCUGCCUGCUGACCCUGCUGCUGCCACCCCUCAGUUCAGCGGCUCCUAUCUCCCCAGCCAAGCCCAUCAGUCAAGCUUAUAGUCUGGCCCUCUACAUGCAGAAGAACACAUCAACGCUGCUGCAGACUUACCUCCAGUACCAGGGCAGCCCCUUCAGUGACCCUGGCUUCUCAGCUCCUGAGCUCCAGCUCAGCAGUCUGCCUUCUGCAGCUGUCUCCUUCAAGAUCUGGCAUGCCCUGGAAGAUGCAGAACGGCUGAGCCGUGCCCAGGGAGCCUUCUUGGCCUUGACCCAGCAUCUCCAGCUUGUUGGGGACGACCAGACAGACUUGAACCCUGACAGUCCCAUCCUGCUGGCCCAGCUUAGGGCUGCAAGGCUCCGGGCCCAGGGCCUACUGGGUAACAUGGCUGCCAUCAUGACUGCCUUGGGUCUUCCCAUUCCCCCAGAAGAGGACACCCUCGGGCUUGUCCGGUUUGGGGCCUCGGCAUUUGAGAGGAAAUGUCGGGGCUAUGUAGUGACCCGGGAAUAUGGCCACUGGACAGACCGAGCAGUGAGGGACUUGGCUCUGCUCAAGGCCAAAUACCCAGAAUAGAGGAGGUGGGAUUUCCUGUCAGAGGCU